UACGGAGAGCUAAUUAAGUUAUGUUAUGAUAUUAUUCUUUCAAAAUUCCUCAUUAAAAUUUUGCAAAAAAGGGUCAAUAUUCAAACCCUAAUAAUAAUUAUUAUAUUAUUCUAUACUCCAUAUAUUAGACUCUUAGCUUGUUACGUUAGUACGUUGUUGUAACUUCCUAUUUUCGUGGUGUAAGUUGCAAAUUUGUGUACAAAAUAACAUUAUUUGGAAACGAAUGUAGUAUUUGAAAAUUCAAUUAAGCUUUGUUUUUCUUUUCAUCUUUGCGCGCAUGUGCGUAUGUAUCAUGUACCUUCAUAAUCGUCGUUGUGUCAUUUCCUAGACUCUGGUUGGUACAUACAAAUUUAUUCAUGGUCUCUCAAUACCACUAUAAGUAAUUAAGCCCACCCUUCUCGUACCAAUCAACAAAUAUACAUGCACUACACAAAUUAAGCUAGCCUUUUGUCUUUCUCAUUUUUCUUCACUUAAAGUAAGACAUGGAAUUCCUAGAUAUGCUCUUACUCCUCCUAGCAACAAUCUUUCUCCCACUAGGGUUUCGACGAUGGUUCACCACCAUCAAGGGCCCGAAGAACCUCCCCCCGGGCCCUCCAGGGUGGCCCAUCGUCGGAUACCUCUUCCAUUUCAUCCUCCAACGUCGGCCUUUCGUGUACGUUAUCCGAGAUCUACGAAAGAUAUACGGGCCCAUCUUCACUAUACAGAUGGGUCAGAAGACAUUUGUCAUCCUCACGGAUGCGAAACUCAUCCAUGAGGCCCUUGUUCAACGGGGCACACUCUUCGCGAACCGGCCCGACGAGUCCCCCACCCGGUGGAUUUUCAGCUUCGGCAAGUGUGACAUAAACUCCGCGAAGUAUGGCCCGUUAUGGCGUGCCCUACGGAGGAAUUUCACCACCGAGUUGGUGGGCUCGGCACGAGUGAAGCAAUGCGGGUGGGUGAGGAAGUGGGCCUUAGAGAACCAUAUGGGCCGGGUCAAGGAGGAAGCCCAGGAAAAAGGCUACGUUGAGGUGAUGAGCCAAUGUAGGCUUACUAUAUGUAGCAUAUUAAUCUGCCUUUGCUUUGGAGCUAAGUUAUCUGAUGAGUAUGCAAAAAACAUUGAUAGUGUUUUUAAGGAAGUAUUGCGUAUGCCUUUGCCGAAGCUUCCAGACUUCCUGCCGAUUCUGACCCCGUUGGUUGCCCGGGGUCAGUUGAGGCGGGCCAAGGAGCUUAGGAGAAAGCAAAUGGAGAUAAUUGGCCCGCUUGUGCAGGCCCGUAAGGCUUUUGUUGAGAGCGGCGAAAACCCAAAAAGUAGCUCACUUCAUAUGGAGAGCCCGGUCGGGGCGGCCUACGUGGACUCUCUCUUUAGCCUUGAUAUACCGGAAAGGCCCGGCGGGCUUGGUGAGGAAGCGUUGGUGACUUUGUGCUCGGAGGUGAUCAAUGGUGGAACUGACACUAGCGCCACCGUAGUUGAGUGGGCCCUCUUCCACCUUGUGUUAGACCAAAGGGCUCAACAUGAAUUGUACAAAGAAAUAGUGGAAGUGGUAGGGGAGAAUGGAGUUGUUACCGAGGAUGACCUAGAGAAGAUGCCUUUCCUCAACGCCAUCAUCAAGGAGACACUACGGCGACACCCGCCUACCCACCUUCUUCUCUCUCAUGCCGCGACGGAGGACGCCGUCUUAGGCGGCUACACCAUCCCAAAAGAUGCAAACCUCGAGAUUUACACGCCAUGGGUGACCCAAGACCCGGCCCUGUGGACUGACCCGGAAGAGUUCCAGCCCGAGAGAUUCUUGCCGGGGGGAGAAGGGUAUGAGGUAGACUGGACGGGCAACCGGGGGGUUCGGAUGAUUCCCUUUGGAGCGGGCAGGCGGAUCUGCCCUGCUUGGAGUUUGGGUAUCGUGCAUGUGGGUUUGUUGCUUGCUAGGAUGGUGCAUGCUUUUAAAUGGGUUCCUUUCCCGGGUAGCCAGCCCGACCCGACUGAAACAUUUGCUUUUACUAUGGUGAUGAAAAACCCUCUUAAGGCUGUAAUAUUACCUAGGUCUUGAUUCAUGGUGUACCAAUUUUUAGUGUUAAUUUUCAAAUUGAGUUGGUACGGUAUAUUAAGAAAUUUUAGUGUGAUGAUGAUAUGUAAACUAUGGUGAUAUAAGAAUAUGAUAUAUCCGUAUAGACCUUGUUAUAUGUA